CAGUGUUUGCCGGCGGGGCUCCGGUCCCACCAUGUGCACCAACAUAGUCUACGAGUGGCUCAGAGCGCUGCAGCUCCCGCAGUACGCGGAGUCCUUCGUGGAUAACGGCUACGAUGACCUGGAGGUGUGCAAGCAGAUCGGGGACCCCGACCUGGACGCCAUCGGGGUGCUGGCGCCCGCGCACCGCCGCCGCAUCCUGGACGCCGUGCGCCGGCUGAGGGAGCAGGACGCCGCCGCCGCCGGCCUCUACUUCACGCUCGAGCCGCAGCCGCCACCCGCGCCCACCUUCCCCACCGGCCGCCGGGGGGAGCCGCGCGGCGGCCCUGCCCAGGGCCCCCGCGGGGACCCCCGCUGCCAGACCGCCGCCCGCAGCAGGGAGCUGGUGAGCUACCCCAAACUGAAGCUGAAGAUCAUGAUCCGGGAUAAGCUCGUCCGCGACGGCAUCCACCUGAGCAAGCCCCCGUACUCCCGCAAGGUCCCAAUGGCUGGCAUCCUAGAGUACUUAAUGAAUUGGCCGAAGUCAUCACAGAACUGCUAGAUAUCAUUUGUGGGAACUCGUGGAGGACUGAUGAGGUGCCUGAAGACUGGAAAAGGGCAUAUUUAGAAACUUCUUUCAAAAAGGGACAUGGAUGCUGACCCUGGAAAUGCUCAUCAGCUUAACUUUUUGCUUGGAAAAAUUCUGGAAUAAUCAACUUAGUGCACUGGGUAACUAACUUGUAAGAGCUAGAAAUGAGGCCAUGAAAUACCACAGAUGAAGUGCCGAGUUCAUUUUUAAAAGACAUACCAUUGCAAGAUACAGUCUUAUGCAUAUUUUGUGAUUCUCCCCUCUAUUCUAUGAAUUCUUGAUGAAAGUAAAUGAGGUUGGCUAAGGCAUCUGAGUAAUAACAAUUUUAAGUGUAAUGCAAGACAAAAAGCAGGUUUCUGGCAGUAGCUAAUAAUUACAUCAUUUCCAGGUGAGCCUUUAAUUUGAGAAUAGUAGCUUUACUUUCAUAUUUUAGCAUACAUUUUUUUUACUUUAUAGGGACCCCUGUUUUAAUAGGUUGUGAUAUUUUAUAUAAUUCUAUGAAGAAUAGUUUGGUGAGGAAACUCUUUUGUUAAGGUACUUUCUAUAGCUAUUUCAUAUAAAACUACAAUCAUAAAGCUAAUCAAUUAAGAAACAUAACCAAGGGAAGAACAUUUUUUCCCCGUCAAUUUAAUCUGGCUCAAGUUCAAUAUUAAGACCAACAAGAGUGUCUUGCUCUGACUGAGCUGAGCAAGAAGCAGCUAUUUACCUUGAUGGCUAGUUUUCUUCUCUGCCUGGAGACUUGUGGAUACUUUAUCUCACUCCCCAGGUUUCCUACUUCAGGCCUGAAGUGGGGCAUGGAGGUGGGCAGUGGCAGUGGGCAUUAAGAGCCCCUGUAUAGCCACAGCUAAAAAGGAGAGUAGAAUGAAAUGGGAAGAGGAAAUUAAGACGAAUCUGGAGUUUUUCUAAUUACUAUUGCUCUUGCCUUUGGUGUUUACUUUUACUUUCUGCUUAGAAAACACAGCCAUGUUGAUGAGACCCAAAAUUUAGUUGAAAAGAGAUCUUCAGAGAAGAUACAGACAUGCAACAGCUUUUGAGAGCUUCUGAGCAAUAUUGUAUUACAGAAUCUCCCUACACAACUUUAAAGUACAUAGGAGAUGUAAGGUCACAUCAGCAUUGUGAUGCUCAGAGUAAGAAAGUUUCAGAGGAAAAGAAAUUGACAUUCAUUUCUUCCUGGUGGUUACUGCUCUUUAGGAAUGGGUAGGCAGUUAAGGUCUCCAAGGAUGAUUUUUAUCACAAUACUGCUUUAAAAACCUAAGGUUUGCAUAAUUUAGCUACCUCUAGAGAUUAAUUUAGACAUGGGGUAAAAUCAGUCUCAACCUUAAAUACAUAUGCAAGGAAACUAAACUCUAAAAGCAUGUAAAAACUGUCCUUUAAAGUCUACAUAGCUUGCAGUUUCAUAAGGAUCUACUCCAGUCAACCUUUUGUCAUUUUUUUUUCAAGGGAAUAAUGUCUUUAAGAUUUCCAGCUGGGUUUCUUUUUGAGUGGGGGGAUCUGUAUAGAUUCUAGAUGUAAUUUAUUGUGAUAAUAAAUGGCUUCCUGUGCAUCAUUUCCAGGUGCAGCAUCUUUGGCAGAUUUAUUUUACAGAUGUACAUUUACAUGCAUUUGUUGAAUGAACUGUUACUAGAAAGGACCCAAUUUAUGAAAAAUCCAUUAUUUUCACCACGGGCAUUAUGCAUGCAAACAAAUCUACUGCAACCAAAACAAAAAGGACUCUGGUCAUUUCAAGUUCCAUUUUCUAUUUGUGUAAAGUCUAACUUCUGUCAUCUUGCCAAAUUCAAAUCUUCUCUUGGUAUCUACUGUUGGAUUUUAAAAAUAACAAUCCUCUACCUACAUUAAGAGUCACAAUCAAGAAGGGUGAAAUAGCCAGUGGAUUUUUAAAGACGUCUUGCCUGAAGCUGGCAGAAGGAAAAAACUAAGCAGAGAAGUAUUGAAGGAAGCCCAUUAAUGCUUUUGCAUUAAAUCAAGAUGAGGUGAGAGAAUAUAAGAGAAAGGAAGUAAGCAGUCUUACCAUGAAUUAUAUGUGGAAAUAAUUAUUCUUAAGAGUGAUUUUUUCACAGCGUUUUUUCUUUUAUCUAACAUUCAUGAUAUCCUUAAUUUUUUAAGGUAAAUGAAGUAGCUGAGGGAUGGAUAUGUUAUCAAAACUAGAGGAUUAUCUUGACUUACACUUCCUGGAACAUCAAGAGAGAUUCAUGACACUUUUACCUUGACCUAUUGAGGGAUCUGGAGGGUUGUAGCAAAACCUUUUUCAGUUCAUCUUAAAACUUAGUUUUUGGAGUUGAGGAAAGGUUUUAUUCACAUAAAACAUUUCUCGGCGUAGGGACUGCAUAAGGCUUCUGCUCACCAAAGGCAGCUACAGCCACAUGGAAGAGCUGCACUCAGGCAAUUUCUCAAUCCAGAGAAAAUUACAGCGCCUUGGUGUUGUGAAAUCAGCAACAAAAACAGUAAGAAUUGAGGUUUUACUUUGGGGUUGCCCGGAUUUCAGUUCAAAUUCUAGCAUCAUGUGGGUGACUUUUUCCUGUAGUGAAUCUGUUAAAAAUCUAAGCUGCCGUGUAGCAUGGACAGUGAUCUUCAACAGCUUUUAAACUCAUCAGAGCUUUCUAUUCUGGCCCAUAAACUGGGAAAAAGAAAUACCUCCUAUAGUAAGAGGCUUGAGAGUUCUGCAGCGUAUGCGCACACAGCUCCUGGUCCGGUGCUUGACACGGGGUAGGUGCUGAGCGCUUCUCCCUUUCCUUCCUUACUCUCAGUUGCCUUUGUUUCUUCUUACGGGAAAGAGAUUACCUUAACACUGACCAGAAGAGUCAAGCAUAAAUUGAUGUGUCCUUAUGGCUGCCUUAGACCCACAGAAUAAGGUCCCUCUGCUUUCUUGUAGGAAUGACAAAAAGGUCCCAGUGGCAGCUUGUAGCAGGAGUUCAGUUCAGUGCGCACUGAUUGAAUGAAGAGUGUGAUUUUUAAAAACAAUGAGCAAAUUCGUAAGGCCAGUGCUUUUCAAAUCUGGGAAAAUAGUCACAUAGACAUCCAUGAAGGUAUUUCCUUAAUUUCCUCUUUUUGGAAUAGCUGUAGAUUUAUGAAGUUGAUGUGCAAGUUAGUGGCAUAUGUGCAUUUUCCUGGUUUUAUGACUGUGAUUUACAAGUUAGCCAUGUAAAUGGGCACUCCCCCAUUGCUGCUUGCUCCUCCUGGGGUGAAACCAGAGGUACCAGUGCUGGGAAGCCCCUGCCACAGAACUGAGAUGAUCAUCUGGGUCACUCUCCGUACAGGGUCUGAGUGUUGAACCCGGUGCCUUGCAUGGGCAUGGAAGAAUAACACAAAGAGAGGUUAAAGAAAAUUAAAUUCUUGGACAAAAUAUUUGGUUUAUAUAAAUAUUUAUGUGCAAUAUUUAAUUAGGUAUCAAAAUAGCAUGUUCAAGCAGGUGGAAGAUUUCUGAAUUGCAAAGUAAAUAAGGAAUAAAGAGUAGAAUGUUAUAUCUAGAGACACUCAAGAAACGAGCCAGAACCUGAACUUAAAUUGCCAAUUCUCUCUUCAGACCAAGGGCCAAGUAAUAGGAAAUUCUCAUGAGAGAUCAGCUGACAACUUGUGCUUAGAAUAAAACCAUAGCAGAGGCUAUAUUAAGUAAAGUAAGUUGUGCAGAGCAAAGCAAAUCAGCUAGGCCUUCUCUUUAAGAAUUUUCUAGCUUUACUCUUAUUACUGAUCUCAGUGGUCAUCAAUAGAUAUU